GUUUCGCGCUUUUUUCUCUCCCAAGAUUUUUGUGUGAACUUCAAGAUAGCUACAUAUGUGAAUAUAUCGGCACAUUAAUAUUUACAGUUGUUAGAAAUUCGUUGUGUAUAUUUAAGAUCAAUCGUGUCGUGUAGGUUAAGUAACGUUCGAAAUUUUACGUAUCGGUUCGUCACCGGUGUAGUGUCUUUAAAAGACAUUAAUAGACCUUUAUCAUUUCACCAUUCGUAUAAAUAAUGUAGGAUCGUAAAUGGGAUAUUGAAUAAAUCUUGUGAUAUUUCUAAAAUUAUAAAAAUAUCUUUGUUUAUAACGUAUGUCUAUUAUAUGUUAUUUUUUAAAAAAUGGGAAGAAAUAUUUGGGAAGUGAUAUAUAAAAAAAAGAGUGUUUUUGUAGUAUCAUAAAUUUAUUUCAUUAGUGUUUUAUAUAAUUUUUUAUAAGGAUGAUGGAGGAACUAUUGAAUUGUGGCAGCACGCCGUCCAAGGAAAGUAGUUUUCCAGACAGUAAUGAUCUAAAUUCUACACCUAUAUCUAAUUUAGAUGAAAGGAUAUCAGAUGUUAAUGCAAGGCAGUCUUCAAAUGCCAGAACUCCAUCUACGAAAAAGGCUAAAAGAGUUCGAUUUUUUCGAAAUGGUGACAAGUUUUAUACUGGUGUUGUUAUGGCGGUAACACAUGAAAGAUAUCGCAGUUUUGAUAGUUUAGCUUCUGAUUUAACAAGAGCUUUAGUAUCAAGUGUAACAUUACCUAAUGGAGUUAGAGCAAUUUAUACCAUGGAUGGAAGAAAAAUACAAAAUAUUUCAGAGUUAGAAGAUGGUAAAUGCUAUGUAGUUUCUGGACAAGGAGAAAUUUUUAAAAAGGUGGAAUAUUCAUCCUCAAAAGUGAAAAGAGGAAGUUCGCUUUCUGGUUUACCUCAGUCUGCAACUAGUACUGGUAGACAAAUAAGUGCUAUCCCUUUAUGCGUGAAAGCUAGAAUAGUAACAUUGAUAAGACACGGUACUAAACCAAGAAAGGUAGUACGUCUGUUAUUGAACAAGAGAAAUGCACCAAGUUUGGAACACGUGAUGGAGGCUAUUACAGAGGUAGUAAAGCUUGAUUCCGGAGCUGUGAGAAAAGUGUAUACUUUGUCAGGUCAACAAGUUACCUCCUUGGAACAAUUCUUUGAAAAUGACGAUAUCUUUUUGGCAUAUGGAACAGAAAAAUCAAAUCAAGAGGAUUUUGAAUUAGAUUUUGAAGAAUCCAAAUGUGUUCAAAGUUUCCGUAGGUGUCCAUGGAUUUCGAAUAGACAAAAUGGUCCAAUGCCAAGAAUGCCACGGAAAUCUGGAAAAAAGGUUCUUACUACACCUCAAGUUAGAACACCAAGUCCAUCUUCUUUAAUUUUACCUCAACCACUACGUUUGCAUUAUGCUGUGGGACAUGUAAUUGGAGAUGGAAAUUUUGCCGUAGUAAGACACUGUAUUCACAAAGCUACAGGCGCAGAAUAUGCUAUGAAAAUUGUGGAUAAGUAUAAAUGCCAAGGAAAGGAAACAAUGUUAGCGAGUGAAGUUGCAAUUCUGCGUCAGGUAUGUCAUCCGAACAUAAUUAGUUUGAUCGCAGAACAAGAAACAAUGGAUCAAUUGUUUUUGGUCAUGGAACUUGUGAAGGGUGGUGAUUUAUUUGAUGCAAUAGCUGCUGCUACAAAGUUUUCAGAAGCUGAAGCUAGUGUGAUGAUAGGACAUUUAACAUCUGCUUUAGCGUAUCUACACUCUCAUCACAUCGUACAUCGUGAUGUCAAACCAGAAAAUCUUUUAGUUGAAAUGGAGGGUAGUCAUGUUCGGUGUUUGAAAUUAGGAGAUUUUGGACUUGCACAAAUCGUGAGAGAAAAUCUUUAUACUGUGUGUGGAACACCAACAUAUGUAGCACCUGAGAUACUUGCAGAAACUGGAUACGGUUUAAAAAUCGAUGUCUGGGCAGCUGGAGUGAUUUUAUAUAUUUUACUAUGUGGUUUCCCACCAUUUGUUUCACCAGAAAAUGAACAAGAAGAAUUAUUUGAACGUAUUUUAAGUGGUCAAUACGAGUUCACUUCACCUUACUGGGAUACAAUCUCCGAUUCUGCUAAACAACUAAUCACAAAUAUGCUCCAGGCACAACCAGAGCUUAGGUUCAGUGCAGAAGAUGUACUUGAUCAUCCAUGGCUAGCGCAGAGCUUUCUAGGAGGCAAGCAGACCUCAACAACAUCUACCGACUCGACGGAGCAAUACGGGGAUCAGCAGUGUAAGCCGAUAAGGCUAGCCACAUUUGAGUUUGACUAUAAGAAGCAAAGAAAAAAUGAUGGUUCUCAAGAAAAUGUUCAGAUCAAUAAUACUGGUAAUAGCAAAAGGCCUAAUCAGAAUAACAUACCAUCAUCUUUUGAUGAUAAUUUGAUAUUUGAUAUGAAUCGUUAUCAACUGAGAGCUACAGAUAGUAGAGAUGAAAUCGAUUUAGCUGGUGAUAGCUAUGGUGAAGAUGGACCUAUGUCUCUAAGUGCUGAUUGCUUGCAAGAUAUUCAUGCUCUUGGUCAGUCCGUACACAAUCUCAUAAACACUCUUAAUAAAAAUGAAGAUCUUGAAGAUUCUUUAAGAUUAUCACACAGUACAACUUCUUCAUUGAGCAGUAUUCCUAAGAAUAUAAAUUUAUCUUUAAACAAAGAUAAUUCCACGUCAUUAAUAUGUGAUUAUAAUAACAGCUCUUCUUUUCACACUGAUACACCUCCUAAUAAAAGUGUUCACUUAUCGAGGAUAACUACAUUAAACAAAAGAAAUGGAAAUUCGUUGAGCGAUAUCAAUUUUAAAGAAGAUACGCCAGGCAUUAAAAUUUUUCAGUUAAGUAAGAAAAUAGAAAGCAAACGACAAAAUAAAAAAAGUACAAGAAGUUUUGGAAACUCCAAUCUAUCAUCUAAUACGAAGUCUAUGUAUAAAAGUGACGAUCUCAAGAAUUGUAAUGCAGUAUCGUCUUCGAGUGAUAGUAUUACUGGUAGUUCCAGUAAUGAUAUAGAAACAUCUGACAGUUUUGUAAACAUUCAAUUUGCACAAUCAGCAUAUAGUCGAAAAUCAAGUUCAAUCCAAAGUAUGGAGUCUACCGAUAGUUUUGAGAAUAUAAGCGUGUCUCCUAAUCAAGAUAUUAAAUGCAAUAAUACAAAUGACCCAAAUCAAAAUAGUUGCAAAGAAAUUGAAGUCACAAAUGAUGAGGUAUUGAAAAAGAAGAUUAAUUUUAGAAAUGAUACAUCAAAAAUACCGAAAGUGCGAAAUCUUCAUAUAGAUGAUAAGAUAAAUUCUGUCAAUAACGUGACAAAAGGGCAAGAUUUACUGAGACAUUCAAAAAAUGGUGUAUCAUCUUUCGGAGACGAUAAUCCGUCGAGGAUAAAAACAAAUAUCAAAAAUUCGGUGAAAGUUAAAAGAUUUAGCUAUAUUCCUCAAUACUCUACAAAGAAAUCCGUUGAGUGUGUCGAUAUUAGUAACUCAUCUAAUUAUACAGGUAGAAAAGAUGGUCGAAAAUUUCGUUCUACUGAUGAACUACGAAAUGAGAAACAAAAACAAGUGAAACCAAAACGGUUUAGUCUUUAUUAUACACCCCAACCGUCACGAAAAACGUAUGAGACGGAGUUGAAGGACGUUAAAAAUACGUGUAAGAAUUCUAGUAUUGAUAGUAAUGAACGCCACAAUAAUGUGAAACUGGCCGAUGGUAACAAAAAGAAAGAUGAUAUAUCCAAAUACGACGAACACAAAAAUUUUAGAAAUCGAAGAUCUGUUAUAGAUGCAUCGACAGUUGCUAGCAGAAGUAAAAUAAAUAAAUAAGACGCUGACAUUAGAUCUGUAAUAUUAAAUGUUACACAAUAUAAUGCUGGAAAAAUAUGGAAAUGUAUAGAUCGCAGAUGUAUUAUUAAGAUGGGUUUAGUGCCCAAAAAUGUCCAAAGGUGUAAUAAUGAUUAAGUUAACAUAGUUCUAAUAAUGGUGUAAUGGUAUUAGAAAAAAGUGACAUCAUUUGUUCUUGGGUUUGAAAUAAGUAACUGUGAUUAGAACAGAUGGGACACAAAUACAAACGAGACAUGCCAAAUGCAUUUAAAUAGAGUAUUUUCUAUUUGAUAAGUGUACGUAGUUUGAAUAAUAUAUAAGCGACAUGGUAGAGGAUUAAGCUUUCCAAGAAAAUGUAAGUGCAUAGGUAAUUAAAGUUAUAGUGCAUAAUUAGACAAUGUACUCUUGACUGAGAUCAGCCAUUUUUAUCUGAUUAGUAGAAAAAGAAAGUGAAAAAUCAUAAAGCAUGUUUCCCUUUUAGGAUAUGUUUAUAUAAACGAUUAUUAGUGACAAAAUUUGUGCUAUAUGGAAAUAGCAAUGUAAACGAGAUUCGCCAACCAAUAUAAUGUACUACGUUCACUUGUAAAGCCAAAAUAGAAAAUGUAUUAUAGACGAGAUCCAAAAUAGCCAACAUCUAAAUACAUGAAUAUACAUUAACAAGCUGUCUGUUUCCAACUAAUGAUAUGUUCACAGUUCUUAAAGACAAAAAGUCUUUUUUUGUUUAAUAGGUUUAUGUUCCUGCGAUUCAACGCUAGAACGAGUUUGACAAUCGAAAUGGCUAGAAAACACGCAAUAAAUUCUAAAGAAAUAUUCUCGUAUUUCUUUGUCUAGCUAUUCUUAUUUCUUUCAUUGGUAUAAAUCGCAUACCGAUAUGUAUAAAAGCUAACCGAUACAAAUAGUGUUUGAAUCAAGACGAAUUAUAAUCGUGAAGAUAUUUGUAUAAAAGAAAUAAUUAAUAUCUAUUGAGACUCUUUUUAAUUUAGUUGUAAAUUGCCGGCUAGUAAAGGUGGAUAUAUGCACUUAAUAUAUUUUUUCUUUUGAUGGCAUACAAUUCAUGUUAUUCAAUGUUAUUCAAAAGUAGGUUUAUGUGAUAAAAUUAAUAUUUUUAUAAAGUAUUAUGGUAAUAUACCACGCAAUUGUGUGAGCAAUGAGGAAGAACUAUGUAUAAAAUUAAAAGCCUUGCAAUAUUUGUGAAGGUAGAUAUUUAUGCAAUUUAAAAAUUUUACUUAAAUUACAAAACUGUUACACUGGAAUUAUUUUUGUGGAGUAUGACGCAUAUAGUAGAUACCAUUUCUUAUGUCGCUUGCGCUCUGGCUUGUGAUUAUACAAUUUCGCUAGAGAACUUUUAUAUUUUAUAACGCGAAUAAUGGUGUUCUUUAAUUAUCUUGUAUAUACACAUCACGGUAAGAAAUUCGUAAAAAAUAUUAUCAUUUUUUCCAACGUUCAUACAUCAUGUGCAAUGGCAAUUCAUCAAUAUUCAUUCUUACAUAAAUUCAUUCAUACCAAAUAUCGAAAUACAUUGUUUAUAUAUUUAUAUUACAUUAUAUUAUUCUACACAUAGGUAUAUAUGUAUUUACAUAAUAUAUUUUAUAAAUCUAUAUUAUUUCCAUUAAUAAUAAAUACCGCAUAAAAAUACGAUAUAUAAUGUGUACUGUAUAUUGUACAUUAUAUAUAUACGCUAUACUUUACAUAUUAUAUAUUAAAUAAAUAUAAACAUACAUUCAUUCAUAAAUAGUUAUAUUAUAUAUUGAUUGCAAUUUGCAUUCAACAUAACAGCGGCGUGUAUAAAGUUGUUCGAUUAUUUGUAGCUUGUUGCGCAAUGAUUCUUACGAAAUAUCAUUUGUAUUUAUUUUAUUGAUAAUAUAAUUUCGAAAUAUUAAAACCGACGAUAAAAUCGGAGCCAGUUUAUAAUUAAUUUGUGGGAUUCUACAAUUUAGAAUCUUAAUAAAUCAAAUUAAUUCGAUAUUUUAGACACUCUCCUAGAGUAUUUUUUUCAGGAUAUAAGACCUACAUUGAAGUAUGAGUUGAUAUCAUGGAAAAUUGGCAGACAUUCGAUGGGUCGAUGGUUAUUAAAAGAUCUUAGAAAUGUUCUAUUUAAAUAAUAAUUUGUGUAUGAUUAUAUCACAGUAUUAUACCAAUAUAAAUAUAAUAAUUCUAAUGUAAUCAUUUUAUAUAGAAACCGAAAUUUUAAGACUUUUUAACUAUAAAAUUAUGAAUUACUAGCAUUUUUUCACUUUUCUUAUAAGCACAAUAUUAAAACGCCGUAUGUAUAUUGUUAUUCAUUCAAUACCAGUUUAUAAAUAUCACGUCAUGAAAUCAAAGAGUGAAGGGUUCAAAUUCAUUGGUACAGUUACAGGCAGAAAUCUUUUUAAAGUUUUAUAACACAAAUCUAAUACAAUUUUCACCCAAAAAUGUUUGUAGCAAAUGUAACAUUUUAAUUUAAGAAUAAAGAAAUUUAAAGCGUAA